UCAGGAGCCGCCGUGCUCUUCCUGCCUGCAGCCGAGCAACAAGUCCACAAAGAAUCCACAAAGAGUCCACAAGAUGUUCGUCUUUGUGCACAAAGAUCCGCUCCAAAUUCCAAAAUGACAAAAGGUGUCGGCGGGCGGCGGGGACAGGCGUGACGUGUGAGUGCGUGGAAGUACUCGGCGUGGGAAGAUGCUGGGCAUGUACGUGCCGCACAGAUUCUCCCUCAAAGCCUCCAAAGUCCAGGACGGGAUCGGCCUUUUUACGGCGAGGCGGGUGAAAAAGGGAGAGAAGUUUGGGCCCUUUGCGGGCGAGAAGAAGCUUCCUUGCGAGCUGGACGAAGGUUCUGACAGCAGACUUAUGUGGGAGGUCCGCGGCAGCAAGGGGGAUGUUCUCUACAUCCUGGACGCCAGCAACCCGCGCUACGCCAACUGGCUGCGCUUCGUUCACCAGGCACCUUCGCAGGAGCAGAAGAACCUGGCGGCCAUUCAGGACGGAGAGAACAUCUUCUACCUGGCUGUGGACGACAUCGAGACGGACACGGAGCUCCUGAUUGGCUUCCUGGACAGCGACAUGGAGGAGGAGGAGGAGGAGGAAGAGGAGGAGGUGACCAAGGAUGAGGAGGAGAGCAGCAAGGAGGCCAAGCACCUUCUAGAGAUGGAGCUGGUCAUCAAGAAGGAAGACCACCCCUGCCUGCUGUGUGAGAGCAGCUUCCCCAGCCAGGAGAUCCUGGCGGCCCACCUGCAGAGUCUGCACCAGAGACCCAGCACCGAGGACAAGGACUUCAAAUGCAGGAACUGUGGCAAGAAGUUCCCCGUCAAGCAAGCCCUGCAGCGCCACGUGCUGCAUUGUUCAGAAGCAGCCAGUCCUUCAGGAGAGUCCAAGGCCCAUCAGUGUUCGUUGUGUCACAGCACCUUCAGCUCAGAGUCCAGCUUCGAGCAGCACAAAGAGGCGUGCAGAGGAGACGCCAGGUUCAUCUGCAAGGAGGAGAGCUGCGGGAAAAGGUUCAAGAGCAAGGACGCUCUGAAGAAACAUAAAGGCAACGUUCACACAGGGAGUGCAAGAAGGAAGCUAACCUGUACGAUAUGCAACAGGAAGUGUUCGUCUUCUCUUAAUCUACAAGAACAUAGAAAGAUCCAUGAAAUAUUUGAGUGUCACGCCUGCGACAAGAAGUUCAUCUCCACCAAUCAACUCAAGCGUCACAUGAUCACACACUCAGAGAAGCGGCCGUACACCUGCGAGAUCUGCAGCCGCUCCUUCAAGCGCCUGGACCAGGUGACGGCCCACAAGAUCAUCCACAGCGAGGACAAGCCCUACAAGUGCAAACUGUGCGGGAAGGAGUUCGCCCACAGGAACGUCUACAAGAACCACAAGAAGACACACUCAGAGGAGAGACCCUUCCAGUGCGAGGAAUGCAAGGCUCUCUUUCGCACGCCCUUCUCUCUACAGCGCCACCUACUCAUUCACAACAGCGAGAGGACCUUCAAGUGUGACCAGUGCAACGCCACCUUCAAGCGGAAGGACACGCUCAACGUGCACAUCCAAGUGGUGCACGACGGCCACAAGAAGUACAAGUGUGACCUGUGUGAGAAGGCCUUCGUCACGCCCUCCGUCCUCAAGAGCCACAAGAAGACGCACACGGGCGAGAAGGAGAAGAUCUGUCCCUACUGCGGACAGAAGUUUGCCAGCAACGGCACGCUGAGGGUCCACAUCCGCAGCCACACAGGAGAGCGACCCUAUCAGUGUCCGUACUGCGACAAAGCCUUCAGCAAGAACGAUGGACUAAAGAUGCACAUCCGCACGCACACACGAGAAAAACCCUACAAGUGCAGUGAGUGUAACAAGGCCUUCAGUCAGAAAAGAGGACUGGAUGAACACAUGAGGACUCACACAGGAGAGAAACCUUUCCAGUGUGACGUGUGCGACCUGUCCUUCAGCCUGAAGAAGAUGCUGAGUCGACACAAGUUGACCCACAACCCCAACCGUCCAAUGGCGGAGUGCCAACUGUGCCACAAGAAGUUCACCAGGAACGACUACCUCAAAGUGCACAUGGAGAACGUCCACGGAGAAACCGAGAGCUAGGACUCCUCCAAGAACCGGACACCUUGGUCCUGACUGGUGGAUCCUGAAGGUCUUUGGUGAUCUCGCUGCUGUCCGUCACACUCAAGUCUUACAUUUCCUGUCUGACCUCCUCCUAAAGUACUCGUACUAGUCCUAUUACUUUUAUACUCGCAGUACUGUGGAAAUGUCCAGCAGUUAUAUCCAUGACCAGUCUACUUCCUGUUACUACUUCCUGCUACUACUUUCUGUUUAUACUUCAUGCUACUACUUCCUUGUUCUACUUCCUGCUACUACUUCCUGUUUAUACUUCCUGCUACUACUUCCUAAAUAUAUUUCCUGCUAUUCCUGUUUGUAUUUCCUGCUACUACUUGCAGGCUUUAGUUCCUCUCUCUACUACCUGCUAAUACUUCCAGUUUCGACUUCCUGCUACUUCAUCCUCUCUCUAUUUCCUGCUACUUCCUCUGUAUACUUCCUGCUACUACAUCCUGUUACUACACCCUCUCUCUACCUCCUGCUACUAAUUCCUGCUACGACACCCUCUCUCUACUUCCUGAUACUACUUCCUCUCUAUACUUCCUGCUACUUCAUCCUCUCUUUACUUCCUGCUACUACUUCCGGUUUCUACUUCCUGCUACUACAUACUCUCUCUACUUCCUGUUUCUACUUCCUGCUACUGCAUCCUCUCUACUUCGUGCUACUACUUCCUAUCUCUACAUCCUGCUACUACUUUGUGUUUCUACUUCCUGCUACUACUUCCUCUAUCUACUUCCUACUGAUAUUUCCUGUUUCUACCUCCCCUCUCUCUUUCCUGCUAUUACUUCCUGUUCCUACUUCCUGCUUCUACUUCCUCUCUCUACUUACUACUACUCAUUCCUCUCUCUACUUCCUGCUACUACUUCCUCUCUUUAUUUCCUGCUACUAAUUCCCGGUUCUACUUUCUGUUUCUUCUUCCUGCCCCUAAGUCCUGCUACACUUUUUCGUUUUACUUCCUGCUUCUAAUUCCUGAUACUGCUUUACGCUACUACUUCCUGCUUCAUUUUCCUGCUACUACUUGCUAUUACUACGUUUUGCUUUUACUGCCUGCCUCUAAUUCUACAACUCCUUGCUACUACUUACUGUUUAUAUGUCUUGUCUCUACUUCCUGCCUCUAAUUAAGGUUGCUACUUCCUGCUUCUAAUUCCAGCUACUACCUCCUGCUACUACUUACUCUUCCUACUUCCUGCUUCUCAUUCCUGCUACUACUUCCUGCUACUUUUUCCUGCUUCUACUUCUUGCCUUUAAUGUGUGUAUUAUUUCCUGUCUCUACUUCCUCGUACUACUUUCUUUUACUACUUCCUGCCACUGCUUCCUGCUUUUACUUUCUUCCCCUAAUUUCUGCCUCAACUUCCUGCUAUUACCUCCCACUUCUACCUCCUACUACUACUUCCUGCUCAUGCUUCCCGCUUUAAUUUAUGCUACUACUUAUUGCUUUUAUUCCCUCUACUAUUUCCUUGGACUACUUCCUGUUUCUACUUCCUUCUUUUAACUCCUGCCACUACUUCCUCCGUCCUGCAACAACACACUAUGUAGUACAGUAACUACUUCCUGCAACAACACAGUAUGCAGUACAGUAACUACUUCCUGCAACAGCACAGUAUGCAGUACAGUAACUACUUCCUGCAACAGCACAGUAACAACUUCCUGCAACAACACAGUAUGUAGUACAGUAACUACUUCCUGCAACAACACAGUAUGCAGUACAGUAACUACUUCCUGCAACAACAUAGUAUGCACUACAGUAACUACUUCCUGCAACAACCAAUAUGUAAUAUAGUAACUACUUCCUGCAACCACACAGUAUGCAGUACAGUAACUACUUCCUGCAACAACGCAGUAUGCAGUACAGUAACUACUUCCUGCAACAACACAGUAUGCAGUACAGUAACUACUUCCUGCAACAACAUAGUAUGCAGUACAGUAACUACUUCCUGCAACAACACAGUAUGCCGUACAGUAACUACUUCCUGCAACCACACAGUAUGCAGUACAGUAACUACUUCCUGCAACAACAUAGUAUGCAGUACAGUAACUACUUCCUGCAACAACAUAGUAUGCAGUACAGUAACUACUUCCUGCAUUAACCAAUAUGUAGUAUAGUAACUACUUCCUGCAACAACACAGUAUGCAGUACAGUAACUACUUCCUGCAACAACACGGUAUGCAGUACAGUAACUACUUCCUGCAACCACACAGUAUGCAGUACAGUAACUACUUCCUGCAACAACACAGUGUGCAGUACAGUAACUACUUCCUGCAACAACACAGUAUGCAGUACAAUAACUACUUCCUGCAACAGCACAUUAUGUAGUACAGUAACUACUUCCUGCAACAACACAUUAUGUAGUAUAGUGACUACUUCCUGCAACAACACAGUAUGCAGUACAGUAACUACUUCCUGCAACACCACAGUAUGUAGUACAGUAACUACUUCCUGCAACAACACAGUAUGCAGUACAGUAACUACUUCCUGCAACACCACAGUAUGUAGUACAGUAACUACUUCCUGCAACAACACAGUCUGCAGUACUGUCUGUGUACUUUUUACUCCUGUCUUUACAAGGUCAACACAAGCUGGUGUUUUUACACAGUACUGUAUACGGUGAAAGUACAGUAUUUUGACACGUCUUAUUUUGUACAAAUAAUAUUACCAUUAUUUAUCUUUAGGAGAAGGAGAGAAGUGUGUUUUUAUGUAUGAAUGGAAUGAGAAGAAAUGCUAACUUCCUUAGCAUAAAGAACACUCUCACCACACCUCACUGCUGCCCUCUGUGGUACAAAGUGGUACUACUCAGCAAUAAAUCAUAUUGUACACCA